CUUAUUCUUUUGCUUUCCACACACUUGAGGCGUAUAGGCCCAUUUUCCUUGUGAUUUUUAGACGCCUAUAGGCUGCCUUCUUUCUUUUCAUUUUAUAUAUUAAACUCUCUACCUCCUUAGACCUUCCUCUACUUCUUCUUCUUCUUCUUCAUCUUCUUCUGCUUUUCUUUCUUUUGUAGGUACUGGGUUUUCCAUGGAAAAGUUUCAAAUGCUAUUUCCUUUUUCAUCGACAGGGCCUUCUUCUUAUCCUGUAUCGUCAACCAUAACAAAUUCUCAUGUUUUUAAUAACUUUCAAGGUGAUACUUCAAAUGGGUUCUUGGGAUUGAAGAUAGAAAAUCAAGUAGGAGUACCACCAAGAACGGAAGUCAAGGACCUUAAUUCAUCAUCACAACAAAGUGCAAGCUUUUCAAUUGGGUCUGAAACUACUGAUCAGCUAAAACCAGGCAAAAAGAAAGGCGAAAAGAAAAUUAGAAAACCCAGAUAUGCUUUUCAAACUAGGAGCCAGGUUGAUAUACUAGAUGAUGGUUAUCGGUGGAGGAAAUAUGGCCAAAAAGCCGUGAAAAACAACAAAUUCCCCAGGAGCUACUACCGGUGCACACAUCAAGGGUGCAAUGUAAAGAAGCAAGUGCAACGCCUAACCAGAGGAGGUAUUUUAGUAACAACUUAUGAAGGGAUGCAUAAUCAUCCUAUUGAGAAGCCAACUGACAACUUUGAACAUAUCUUGAGCCAGAUGCAAAUUUACAGUAACCCCUUUUGAAGUUUGAAAGUGAUCUUCACAUAUAAAUAAAAUUAUGUACACUUCUCUGUAAUAGAUAUAGAUAUCGAUCCUACUCCUUGGAUAUAUAGCAAUAAGGUUGUUUUCUUAGGAAUGGCAGCAGAAUUUCAUCCUUCAGUUAAGUUUUUGUUGGUUAAGUUCUUAAUUAGACAUUGUAAGUUUGCUUUAAUUCUUUCUUUUGUUUUGUAUU